AUGGGAGAUGAAACGAUAAUAAUUGUGUCUGUAUGCCUGCAGGACAUCAAAGGCCAGUCCUGGACUGAUGAGGAAUCAGAUGGGGAGAAUGAGUCUGAGCAGUUCCUCUAUGGGAUCCAGGUACCCAGGCUGUCACCACAUCCUCCCAGACCUCCUAUCCCUCCCAGAGGGCAAACCGGACAAAACUAGUUGAAAUGAUGUCAUAAUGACAUCAUUUCAACCAGUUUUGGCCGCUAGGCUCUUUGGUCCAAUGCAAUCAGAACCAACACUUGGGAUCUUCAGAACACCCCCUAGGGGUCUUCAGUAACUGCAAUCUUAUUACAUAAAAUCCUAUGUGAAAUACACAAUAUCUUAAUCUUUCAAUCAGCUUUUUACUCAAAGUUAUCUCUAAAGGCUCGAGUUGAAAGUACUGUAAAUCCACUUCAGUUUUAAAACCCUAUUCUCCAGUGGAUUAAGAACAUCUACCAAGAGAUGAGAGCCUGUUUGUAGGCACUAACGUGUGUGUGUGAAAGAGAUAGAUAGAAGACAGAAUUAGAGAUAGAGAGACACACAGAUACACAGUCCUGUGAGACAGCAGAACAGGGGACUGGCCCUGUACCUUGUCUAAUACUACAAUAAUUUUUAUACACAAAUAUCAGUGCAAGCUCAUAUUACUGUAAAUGGAUGCUACAGCAGCAGUCCUAUCACCAUGAAUAAUUCAGUGGUCUGACCUGUGCCCUCCUGGCCUCCAGGGGAGCUGUGCUGCCGACCUGUACCGACACCCCCAACUGGAUGCAGACAUCGAGGCAGUGAAGGACAUCUAUACUGACAGUGCUGUCUCUGUCAGGUACUACAGUACACACACAGCAUCUACAGCCAAGACUGUAAACCAACACCACUAACUGUUAUUAUCAUUAUCAGUAAAUACUCCUCUACAGAGAACAUCAGAGAUACACUGAGAUAUCAAGUUUCUUAGUAUGGAAAAGCUGAUCAGUUUAUGUGAUUAUUAAAUCUGUAUGUUUGCUAUUCUUCCUCUUUCAGAGAGUAUGGAACCAUUGAUGAUGUGGACAUUGACCUUCAGAUUAAUAUCAGUUUCUUGGAUGUGAGUUUUCAUUUUAAUUUUCUCUGGGCAUUCCAGUAUUACAAUUCAUCGUACUAGACAGUGUAUGUGUAUAUCAUAUGUGUGUGUGUGUAUGUGUGUGUGUGUGUGUGUGUGUGUGUGUGUGUGUGUGUGUUUGUACCAGGAGGAGGUGGCAACAGCCUGGAAGGUCAUCCGAACAGAGCCCAUCAUUCUGAGACUGCGCUUCUCUCUCUCCCAGUACCUAGAUGGACCGGGUGAGCAAAGCCCCAGUGGCUGUGGUGUGUGUGCAUGUGUUCGCCUGCCUGUGUAUGUGUGCCUGUGUGUGUUUAAUCAGUGCUGAGCUCUUCACUCCUAUGUGUUGCGUAAUAAUGAGUCAUCUAUUCUCAGAACCGUCAGUGGAGGUCUUCCAGCCCUCCAAUAAAGAGGGCUUCAGCCUGGGCCUGCAGCUCAAGAAGUGAGUUCUACCCGAGUCACAUGCCACUCAGCACGAUUACUCACAUUCUGGUUCAGAGAGGCUAUCCAUGGGUCCUACGCUCAUUUCACAAGAUUUCUACCUUUUUCAAUGACACCUAUACAAUUUACACUAUAUAUGCAAAAGUAUGUGGACACCCCUUCAAAUUAGUGAAUUUGGCUAUUUCAGCAACAGCCAUUGCUGACAGCUGUACAGUGAGGGAAAAAAGUAUUUGAUCCCCUGCUGAUUUUGUAUGUUUGCCCACUGACAAAUAAAUGAUCAGUCUAUCAUUUUAAUGGUAGGUUUAUUUGAACAGUGAGAGACAGAAUAACAACAAAAGAAACAGAGAAACGCAUGUCAAAAAUGUUAUAAAUUGAUUUGCAUUUUAAUGAGGGAAAUAAGUAUUUGACCCCCUCUCAAUCAGAAAGAUUUCUGGCUCCCAGGUGUCUUUUAUACAGGUAACGAGCUGAGAUUAGGAGCACACUCUUAAAGGGAGUGCUCCUAAUCUCAGCUUGUUAUGUGUAUAAAAGACACCUGUCCACAGAAGCAAUCAAUCAAUCAGAUUCCAAACUCUCCACCAUGGCCAAGACCAAAGAGCUCUCCAAGGAUGUCAGGGACAAGAUUGUAGACCUACACAAGGCUGGAAUGGGCUACAAGACCAUCGCCAAGCAGCUUGGUGAGAAGGUGACAACAGUUGGUGCGAUUAUUUGCAAAUGGAAGAAACACAAAAGAACUGUCAAUCUCCCUCGGCCUGCGGCUCCAUGCAAGAUCUCACCUCGUGGAGUUGCAAUGAUCAUGAGAAUGGUGAGGAAUCAGCCCAGAACUACACGGGAGGAUCUUGUCAAUGAUCUCAAGGCAGCUGGAACCAUAGUCACCAAGAAAACAAUUGGUAACACACUACGCCGUGAAGGACUGAAAUCCUGCAGCGCCCGCAAGGUCCCCCUGCUCAAGAAAGCACAUAUACAGGCCCGUCUGAAGUUUGCCAAUGAACAUCUGAAUGAUUCAGAGGAAAACUGGGUGAAAUUGUUGUGGUCAGAUGAGACCAAAAUCCAGCUCUUUGGCAUCAACUCAACUCGCCGUAUUUGGAGGAGGAGGAACGCUGCCUAUGACCCCAAGAACACCAUCCCCACCGUCAAACAUGGAGGUGGAAACAUUAUGCUUUGGGGGUGUUUUUCUGCUAAGGGGACAGUACAACUUCACCGCAUCAAAGGGACGAUGAACGGGGCCAUGUACCGUCAAAUCUUGGGUGAGAACCUCCUUCCCUCAGCCAGGGCAUUGAAAAUAGGUCGUGGAUAACCCAAAACACACGGCCAAGGCAACAAAGGAGUGGCUCAAGAAGAAGCACAUUAAGGUCCUGGAGUGGCCUAGCCAGUCUCCAGACCUUAAUCCCAUAGAAAAUCUGUGGAGGGAGCUGAAGGUUCGAGUUGCCAAACGUCAGCCUCGAAACCUUAAUGACUUGGAGAGAAUCUGCAAAGAGGAGUGGAACAAAAUCCCUCCUGAGAUGUGUGCAAACCUGGUGGCCAACUACAACACACAUCUGACCUCUGUGAUUGCCAACAAGGGUUUUGCCACCAAGUACUAAGUCAUGUUUUGCAGAGGGGUCAAAUACUUAUUUCCCUCAUUAAAAUGCAAAUCAAUUCAUAACAUUUUUGACAUGCGUUUUUCUGGAUUUUUUUGUUGUUAUUCUGUCUCUCACUGUUCAAAUAAACCUACCAUUAAAAUGAUAGACUGAUCAUUUAUUUGUCAGUGGGCAAACAUACAAAAUCAGCAGGGGAUCAAAUACUUUUUUCCCUCACUGUAUAAAAUCGAGCACACAGCCAUGCAAUCUCCAUAGAAAAACAUUGGCAGUAGAAUGGCCUUGCUGAAGUGCUCAGUGACUUUCAACGUAGCACCGUCAUAGGAUGCCACCUUUCCAACAAGUCAGUUCGUCAAAUUUCUGCCCUGAUAGAGCUGCCCCGGUCAACUGUAAGUGCUGUUAAGUGGAAACAUCUAGGAGCAACAACGGCUCAGCCACGAAGUGGUAGGCCACACAAGCUUAUAGAACGGGACCACCGAGUGCUGAAGCGCGUAGCGUGUAAGAAUCGUCUGUCCUCGGUUGCAACACUCACUACCGAGUUCCAAACUGCCUCUGGAAGCAACGUCAACACAAGAACUGUUCGUCCGGAGCUUCAUGAAAUGGGUUUCCAUGGCCGAGCAGACGCACACAAGCCUAAGAUCACCAUGCGCAAUGCCAAGCGUUGGUUGGAGUGGUGUAAAGCUCACCGCCAUUGGACUCUGGAGCAGUGGAAAUGCAUUCUCUGGAGUGAUGAAUCAUGCUUCACCAUCUAGCAGUCCGUCAGACGAAUCUGGGUUUGGCGGAUGCCAGGAGAACGCUACCUGCCCGAAUGCAUAGCGCCUACUGUAAAGUUUGGUGGAGGAGGAAUAAUGGUCUGGGUCUGUUUUUCAUGGUUCGGGCUAGGCCACUUAGUUCCAAUGAAGGGAAAUCUUACCGCUACAGCAUACAAUGACAUUCUAGACGAUUCUGUGCUUCCAACUUUGUGGCAACAGUUUGUGGAAGGCCCUUUCCUGUUUCAGCAUGACAAUGCCCCUGUGCACAAAGCGAUGUCCAUACAGAAAUGGUUUGUCUAGAUCGAACACCUUUGGGAUGAAUUGGAACGGCGACUGCGAGCCAUGCCUAAUCGCCCAACAUCAGUGCCUGACCUCACUAAUGUUCUUGUGGCUGAAUGGAAGCAAGUCCCUGCAGCAAUGUUCCAGCAUCUAGUGGAAAGCCUUCCCAGAAGAGUGGAGGCUGUUAUAGCAGCAAAGGGGUGACCGACUCCAUAUUAAUGCACAUGAUUUUGGAACGAGAUGUUCGACGAGUAGGUGUCCACAUACUUUUGGUCAUGUAGUGUAUAUUAUGGACUUAAAUGUACAGUAGAGUCAAUAACAUCUGCUAAUUGCGGCCAGAUUCAGUGAUUGUGACUGGUUGUGCUGUUUGCCCUAUAGGAUCCUGAGUACGUUCACAUCCCAGCAGUGGAAGCAUCUCAGUAAUGAGUUCCUGAAGGCCCAGCAGGAGAAGAGACACAGCUGGUUCAAGGCCGGGGGAACCAUCAAGAAGUUCCGUGCAGGACUCAGCAUCUUCUCUCCCAUCCCCAAGUAUGGCUCCUAUUACAGCAUCUAGUACUAUCACGGCUACUAUUAUAGUUUCAUAUUCAUUAUCCUGGUCAGAUGUCAUCAUCACUGUCAUCUCAGUAGUCAAUGGGUACGUUUACAUCCAUUCAAUAUUACAAUUAUUGUGAAUACUCUGAAUAAUAUCAUAUUUCAAUUAAAACAUUUACAUGGUUUGCAAGAACAACGAUUUCACUUACAAUCGUCUAUACAUGGACUGCGCAUAAUCAGGCUUCCUGAUGGAAAAAAUGUAUUGCCAUAAUCAGCUUAAUAUCGAAUUAUUAGUGUGCAUGUAAACAUGCUCACUAAUUGGUUGCUCUGAACUUUCGUGUUCGUAUAAUUUUCUUGUGUAGGUGUCUGAAUGUCUGUCUGUAUGUGUAUGUAUACAGUACUUCCAGGUCUAUGCAGUAAUGGUCUCUGGGUUGUGUGUGUGUCUGUGUGUGUGUUGUGUGUGUUCCCAGGUCCCCAAGCUUCCCUCUGAUCCAGGACACGGUUCUGAAGGGGAAGCUGAGUGUUCCAGAGCUGAGGGUGACCCGGCUCAUGAAUCGCUCCAUCUCCUGCACCAUGAAGAACCCCAAGGGGGAGCUGUUCAGCUACCCCUCCAACAGCCAGGUCGGAGCCCACCGCCCCUCACCACCACCACCACACACCCCUCUCCUGACUGGCCCUCUUACCCCUACACACAUCAGCACAGACAACACAAUAUUUAUUUAGUUUUUAUUUAUUACGUUUAUUUGGACAGGGUAAUGUACAACAAAAACAUAAAUCUCAGAAGUGAGAAGGGAUGCGUUGCACCAGAGUUUUGCUAACAACUAAUUUAGAUCUGCAGUCCCCGGGCAGGUGAACAUAUAAACAUGAAGACAUUAUAUACAAAAGGACAACAUACAUUUUCAAAAGAGCAGUCAGGACAUACAGACACGUUUCAAAACAGAGGUCAAGACAUUACACAUACUGUAAAAGUCAUUCCACCUAUUGCUGUUGGACCUGAUGAUAUUUGAGUUGUAAAACACAUAAACACACGUCUAAAUAUUGCACAGAGCCCAGUUAUUGCACCUAAUGAAAUUGCACGUGUGUGUAUUUUGAUGUGUAUUCUAUUGCAUUAAAAAAAGUCUCUGUGGCCUUACAGCUAGCUUGAACAGUCAAACACAAUACAUCAGCAAUAUCAGAAAACGCAUGAAUUCAGUAACAAGCAACUAUUUCCCCAUUCUAUUAUCCAUACUAUCUCAAAAAAAAUCUCAUUUUGAACUACCUGAGAACUUUGACUGUUCCCCUCCCCAACCAACACACCUACAGUACUGUACCUACCUUCCUUCCUGAGCCUCUCCCUACCCAUACCUGACAUGGCUGGCACCGUGUCCCAUAAUGCUUUGUCUUCACUGUACCCAUCAGACUGUGGCUGUCCCGGCGGCCAGGGCCCCAGCGCAGAUUACCACGAGGCAGCUGAUUGAAUUGUUUUUCUCAUCCCAGGCGGGCGGCCACUGCAAGAACAUCCCUACCUUGGAAUAUGGGUUCUUAGUCCAGGUAGAUACAACAUCAAGGACAAUGCUAGAGCCCUAAUAGGCUUUAGUUCACUCUAAACAUCCUUCCAAAACAACUCCAAAGCACAAACACUGAUAGGACUAUCAAGAGUCAAUUACCCUUACAGGAGUUAGAGGACAUAGUAUGUGCUUAAAGAAGGUCUCCACCUCUGUGUAAUUGAUUCAUUAAUUGAGUCGGAUUAAAACAUUGAUAAGAGACCCAGUCACCUGAUGAUGUCAUUAUAGGAUAGUGAUAUAUGGGGCUGUUGGAGAGGAGGGAGUGAUUGGCAGGAAAACCAUGUUUUGUCUCCUGACAGAUAAUGAAAUACUCGGAGCAGAGGAUCCCCACUCUCAAUGAGUACUGUGUGGUCUGUGACGAGCAGCACGUCUUUCAGAACGGAUCCAUGUUGAAGGUAGACCACUAAAAAAACAUACAGUUUGAAGUGAAUUUACAAACCCCUGUUAUUUCUGCUUUAUAUCAUAUUUGCUUGAUUCCAAAGAGCACUCCUUAUGUUGUUUAAACGUUUCAAUUAUGUUAUGAGCAAGUUUCUUUGUUUCACUCAGAUUGAUGUUUGUUGGUGUGCGUGUGUGCGUGUGUGUGUGUGUGUGUGUGUGUGUGUGUGCGUGUGCGUGUGCGUGUGCGUGUGCGUGUGCGUGUGUGUGUGUGUGUGCGCAGCCGGCUGUGUGCACUAGAGAGCUGUGUGUGUUCUCCUUCUACACUCUGGGUGUGAUGUCAGGAGCAGCAGAGGAGGUGGCCACUGGAGCAGAGGUGACUGCCUGAAUAACAACGCACACACACACUAUCUCUAUCCCCCUGUCUUGUCUGUCUGUCCCUGUCUAUCUGGUGAUAAGUGAUCAGGUUUCAUGUUGAUCCCUAGGUGGUGGAUCUGCUGGUGGCGAUGUGUCGGGCUGCUCUGGAGUCUCCUCGUAAAAGCAUCAUCUUUGAACCCUACCCGUCUGUGGUCGACCCCAACGAUCCUAAGACUCUGGCCUUCAACCCAAAGGUUACUACUGUUGCUGUGGUUACACACCAUGAUACAGGAUCUCAUAAUGUGUAAUAACAUUCUAACACAUUUCUUUGGGCUCAUUUCAUGGGUUGUAGAUAUUAAUCCAAUGUUUUUCUCUCUCCCUGUCCUCCUGAUGCCUGUCUCUGUGGCUUCCUCUUGCUCCCUGGUCACAGAAGAAGAACUAUGAGAGAUUGCAAAAAGCACUGGACAGUGUCAUGUCCAUCCGGGAGAUGACCCAGGUACUGAGGCUGGGGGAGGCUGGGAUGAAGGAAGGGCAGUUCUGUGCUGGACUUGGGCUGUAAAAAGAGACUAUAUACUGUAUGUAUUGUUGCAUUGAAUCGUCUCCUUGUCAUAUUUAGAUUUGGAAGGGACGAAAGGAUAGUGGGAUGUGAAAUAAUGAAAGCUGUCUUUUACAGGGCUCAUAUCUGGAGAUUAAGAAACAGAUGGACAAACUGGACCCUCUGGCCCACCCUCUACUGCAGUGGUAGGUAGAAGGUCUCUGCUUACACACCCAGCAAUCUAAACCUCCAACCCUGUUCUGCCUCUUUCACUAACCUGUUUUUCUUCACCCCACCCUAUUCCUUCCUCCUCUCUCUCUCUCAAUACAAUUUCAAUUUAAGGGCUUUAUUGGCAUGGGAAACAUAUGUUUACAUUGCCAAAGCAAGUGAAAUAGAUAAUAAACAAAAGUGAAAUAAACUAUAAGAAGAUUAAUAGUAAACAUUACACUCACAAAAGUUCCAAAAGAAUAAAGACAUUUCAAAUGUCUCUCUCUCUCUCUCUCUCUCUAGGAUCAUAUCCAGUAACAGAUCCCAUAUCGUCAAGCUGCCUCUGAGUAGGGUAUGAAUAACACAGAUCUCUGAUGUCUGCUCUUCCUCGUAACUGUUGCCGUGUGUUCUCCAGUAUAUGAUGCUCUAUUCUCUCUCUCCUUCCUUCCGUCUUCCUCUCUCUCCUAUAGCAACUGAAGUUCAUGCACACAUCCCACCAGUUCCUGUUACUCAGCAGCCCGCCUGCCAAGGAGGCACGCUUUCGCACCGCCAAGAAGCUCUAUGGCAGCACAUUUGCCUUCCAGUGAGUCCCCUCUCUCCCCCCUAAGGGUGUCACUCCCCUGUAGUGGUGUCCUAUACAGUAAACUGGCAGCACCAACCUCCCCUUAACCAUAGACUCCCACAUACAGAAUAGGUACUACGCUUUAUUAAGAUUAAAAUCACUUUAUUCGUCAAUUGUACACAAAGUCCAACCGAAAUGUAUCCCAACCCCUCCCAAAGACACACAGGUUGGAGCAGUUGUUGUGGGGGUUAAGUGCCUUGCUCAAGGGCACAAUGGCAGGCAACGGCAUCUAGGAUUAGAUACCGGCAUCCUCCGGUUGCCAGCUCACUUCUAAAACAAUUCUUUCCCUGUUAGACCCGGGAUUCGAACUGGCAACCCUCCAGUUGUUGGGUCACCUCUCUAACUGCUAGGCUACCUGCCGCCCAGUCUUAUAGACAGAGACCCACAUAGCUGGUAGUUACAGCAUCCACCAGCUGACAGCACAGUGAACAGACACCACACCCUGUUUUCCCAGCAGUACUGGAUCCCUGAUGUAGUGAUAUCAGUGUGAGCAACAGACAGAGUCAGACAGCCAUGCCGCUGCAGUACGAAAGGCACUAAACAGAAUUAUGCAUGGCACUAUCUCAAAGCAAUCAAAACUGGCUCAGUCCCUCAGGGAGCUUGCUGAUUUAAAUUCAACAACCACUCCUUAAACAUUGUCUCUGCUAAGAAUAACAGCAUGGCUACCAUGUUUCACCCCUGGGGUUUAUUGGAAUACAAUAAGAGAUGAGAGACGGUACAGUUUGAUGUAUUCCCACUGAGACUUCUAUUCACGUAACAUCCUGCUGCUGAAAAGAGAAGGAGUGAUGAUGUAAUAUCAGGAGAUUUCUGAGCUGUGCUUGUGCUGUAGGUCCUCAGCCAUUCUGCUGUUUUUAGCAAACAAACAUGCCAAGUUUAGAAAAUGUGAGAAAAUAGAAUUACUAUCUCCUCGUACAAUCAGCCAAAAACACAGUGUUAAUAGACUUGUUGCAUUGCCAAUAAGAUGUAGAUAUCUCACGGGCAUGAAUGCUUUGCUCAAGGUACAGUAUAACAAUCAGUCAAUAAAUAGUUGGCAUGGAAAUAAUUGUGUUUUGAACGCUCUCUGCACAGCAUUGUUGGAGCCUUUAGAAAGCACUGGCCACACAUGAGAGGCCCUGUUUGAGGAAGAAGUGUUCAGUAUUCACAGCUCUCCUUAUCUCUCUCUCUCCCUGCACCUGCUCUAGUGGUUCCCAUAUAGAGAACUGGCACUCCGUUCUGAGAAAUGGACUAGUCAAUGCCUCUUAUACCAAACUGCAGGUAUGUAGCUCCAGCAGUUCGCUGAACUAAGACGCAUCCUCCCUUGGACAGCGCCUGUCUGUCCUCCUCACACACAGUGCAGGUUGGCUGUCCAGCUGAUCCAUUUUGACAGUAACGGAUGCCAGGUUUCUCUCUAAUUGUAUUGGACGCUUUAAAAUGCCAGGCCCACCGGUAAUUUCCCCUGGCAUAUGUCGAGCACUUCCUGUUUCCUGCUCUGACAGCAGCAGACGCCACGCCUCUUCCUGUCCUGAUAGAGAGGCGGAGGGGCUGUGUUGUCUGCUGGGGGCUGGGGGUUACCAGUCGGCCUGGCUGGAGGCGUGGCUGCCUGGGUUGACCACUAAGAGCACUGAGUAGACUAGGUCAGAGGUUACAACUGCUGCCCCGCCCCAUGUCUGUUUCGCUAUUGAGGAUCCACAGAGCGGGUGAGUGGGUGAGGGAUCCAAGGAAGGUCAGUAACGGUCAUCACAUAUACUGUCUCUCUUAUUUUCCUCUAUGCUGAACCUAAUGAUGUUUAAUAUGUAUAUGGCUGAACCUUCUGGUAGUUCAAGACACUGUACAAGACAUUAAACCACAUGCACAAUCAUCUAUUUCUAUGUCUAUAGACUCUUAAGGUUCGUCCUGUAUGCACCUUUGAAAUGCGCCAUCUCGCUACUUCCUGUAAUUAUAUUUGCUGUAUAAAUGUGAGAAGUCAGCAGGGUGUUUGUUGUCAGUGAGUGGUUUAUUAUUAGUAUAUUACUGUAUUAGAACCUUUGUUGUUAGAUCUUUGAAGACUCAUCUUUCAUUUCCUUGUUCUGCAUCCCACGCUCUCUCCCUCCUCUUCACCUUGAGCAUUUGUUUGUUCAUUCUCUCACUCCAUUGUUCUUUUCAUCACAGUGUGAUGGCUAACUCUCCUUCAACUUGUACAGCAAAUCUCAUUGUGUCUCUGUCUCUCUCACGAUGUCCUUCAGAUAAAUGUCAUCUCUGUCUUCUAGCCCUCAUUCUGUUUUCUAAACUCAGAAGCUAUUCUUCUUUCUCCAUCCAGUUCUUCCUGCACUCUCACAAAGUAUUUCUGUGGGUGUUCAUGUCACCUCUCCACUGGAGCUGAAACUCUCACUGCUCUGCCAUGGGUGACCAUCAAACAUUCCCCAUCUUCAUCAUCCAUCUUCAUCCUCUUCAUCCUCAUCCUUCCCUUGUUCUGUCGCCAUCCGUUCUGAUGUAGUUCCACAUCAUUAUGGAUGGUUUACAUGAAUGUUCAACACAAGACUUCAACAUGGACGUAUGUUGCCUCACCUCAACAUCUUAUGAGGUCUUUGUGGGUAGUAGAACAGGAGACUAUGUGGUUUUACAAUAGACGAUGUAUUGCACUUUAGGCAGGUUUCUUAUUCUAUUGCACUUUACC